GGCGGGGAGUAAGGAGCGGAGGGGCGUGGUAUGUGCAGUCACAUGUGGGAUGUGUAUUGGAGGAUCGGAGGGAUCCGCUGUGAUCGGUGUACCGGGCUGAGCUGAGAUCGGUGCGGUGUCCUCCUCCCCGGUGCUCGCUAUGGAGUACUUGCUCCAGGUGAAGCUGGGCUGUCUGUUCGGUCUGCUCCUCCUCACCCUGUUCUUCGGGUUGGUACCGUCCAGGAUCCGAUGUUUCCGCGCCGCCUCUGGGACGGAUAUCCAUCAGAUGUGGUUGAGCUUUAUUAGCUGCAUAGCUGGUGGAGUGUUCCUGGCCGCCUGUCUGCUGGAUAUCGUUCCUGACUUUCUCAGUGACAUGAAGGAGGCCAUGGUGAAAGAGGAAAUAAUAACGGAUUAUCCUCUCCCAGAAUUCAUCUUGGCGUCCGGAGUCCUGCUUGUCUUGAUCAUAGAACGCAUUGUCCUGGAAUGUAGUCAUAGUAUGACCGAAGAGACCGCGCCGCUGUUAUCCAGCCCUUCUUACUCUCCUGUUGUAGAAGGAAACUCGCAUCGCCAUUCCCAUGGGGGUCAGAAUCACGACGUAGAGCAGCACAGAGUACGCCAUUUCCACGUGGAUUUCAACGCUCACUCCUCCUUCCGCUGUUUUAUCCUCAUCUUGUCCUUGUCUCUGCAUUCUAUAUUUGAAGGGAUUGCCAUCGGACUACAAAACGCCCAGUCCGAGCUUCUUCAGAUCGCCAUUGCCAUCCUCAUUCAUAAGAGUAUCAUUGCAGUCAGCCUAUCCCUGCUUUUGAUGCAGAGCAAUGUGAAGACCCGUUGGUUUGUGCUGUCCAUUGUCAUGUUCGCACUUAUGUCACCAAUUGGUAUUGCUAUAGGGAUCGGGGUGAUUCAGAACCGAGCGGCUGGAAGUGGUCUAGUUCCGAGUAUUCUGGAAGGCUUGGCUGCCGGGACAUUUGUCUAUAUAACCUUUUUAGAGAUCUUGCCGCAUGAACUAAACUCUAGCAGAUGGCGCCUACCUAAAGUCAUUUUCAUAGUGCUGGGGUUCUCGGCUAUGGCAGCGCUCAGGUUUUUAGGCUGAUACUGAAACCUUUACAGUAUUUUUUAAAAUGUUCCUUAAAUGUCUACCUCUUUUUUGUUUACACCAUCAAUCAGAAAAUGCUAAUGCAUAUGUAUCUAUUUUUUUUUUUUUUUUAAAUACUUGACUAAAGUGUGCUUUCCCCAAAAUAGUUGCAUUAUUUUUUCUGUUUUGCAAAGAGCCAAAGAAGAGGACGACCUCUGCACUAAAGGACCUGCAAGGAAAUAAAAUAUAUUUUGCUAUGUUGUUGAGCUUUAACAAAUCAAGAUUUAUUUUUAAAUGACUUUUAAUCUGGCAGUUAUUACAGUUUUAUGUGUUUUGUGGCCGCCAAGAACCAUUAAACCUCAAUCUUGAUUAUGCUUAAAAA